CUCUAGCCAAACUUGGUGACGUGCCAAGAGAGCUGCCUAGGAAAGGUGGGACCCUGGGACCCUAAGGAGGAAUCAAGUUUUGACUGACACUUUGUUGAGGUAGUGCCACAGAAAGGAACGCUACUCUAGAGAGGCAGAACCUCAUAGCUAGAGGCGGAGCCGAGAACUGAGAGGGCCGGUUAUCCGCCCAGAAGGCCCAUUAGGGCUUCCGGGCGCACUGAACACUGAAGGUGGCGUCGGUGCACCGGUCUCGCGGUGCCCGCAGGCUGCCUUCAUUGAACCGAGUUGCUGUGGUAGUGGAUCAAGGCUCAGGCUUCACCAAGGCAGGCUUCGCUGGGGAGAUCAAGCCGCGCGUCGUGCUGAAGAGCUCGAAUCUGAUGCCCAGUUGGGACCGGCCUGUGCUGCCAGGAGUACCCGGUUGCGAGCUGGCGGGAGGCGUGGCCCGCGCGCACCCUAUCAAGCAUGGAGUUGUAGUGGAUUGGGACGCACUGGAGGGACUGUGGGAGCGCCUAAUGGUGGGAGGCCUGCAGAUCCACCCGGAGCAGUGGCCUGUACUGGUGAGCGACUCGCCAUCAGCACCACCCGAGGGCCGAGAGAAAGUGGCUGAGCUGCUGUUUGAGGCCCUGACAGUGCCUGCGUGCCACAUGGCCAGCACGGCGCUGCUGGCACUCUGCUCCGUCGGAGCUUUCAGUGGGCUGGCUGUGGAGGCGGGAGCGGGCGUGUGCCACGCCACACCCAUCUACGCGGGUCACUCGUGGCACAAGGCCACCUUCCGUCUGAAUGUGGCAGGCAGCACCCUGUCGCGCUACUUUCGCGAUCUGCUGGUGGCAUCGUGCCCAGAUCUUCAGCUGCAUGCCCUGCCCCGCAAGACCGUUACACAGCUCAAGAAGCGCUGCUGCUAUGUGUCGCUAGAUUUCCAGGGUGAUAUUUGUGACCCUGCCCGCCACCAGAGGGCCUGUUUUUGCCUGGGCAAAGGCUGCUACGUGCGCCUAGGCAGUGAGCGCUUCCGCUGCCCUGAACCCAUCUUCCAGCCAAGUCUCCUAGGCCACCCUGAGCCAGGACUGCCCACGUUGGCCUUCCAGGCACUGCAGAAGAUACCCACAACACUGCGGACACGGCUGGCCAAUACGGUGGUGCUAGCUGGUGGUUCCACCCUUUUCCCUGGCUUUGUGGAGCGCAUGAACCUGGAGCUCCAGGCACAGUGCCGGAGGCAUGGGUACCCGGCCCUGCAGCCCUGUCUGGUGGCUCAUCCUGGCCGGGGCACAGCUGUGUGGACUGGAGGUUCUAUGAUGGCCUCCUUGCACUCCUUUCAGCGCCGCUGGAUGACUCGGGCCAUGUACCAGGAAUACGGCCCUUUCCUGGUGCGAGAAGUGUUCGAUUGAGUUUUAUAUUGAUCGAGAAUGGAUGGUGCCACCAGGGCGCACUUCAGGGGCUACUUCGGGAACAGAGGUUGCAAUUCUGUCCUAGCAUGGAGAACCAGAUAAAUAUUAAAGUGUUCACA